AUGAGGAAAGAAGUCAGAUACUUCUUUCUUUGCCACCAUCUCAUUGGCUCUACUUUAUUCUGUGCUUUUGGCGUUAUAAGCAAUGCAAUACAAACAUCCCAAGUGCAGACACUCUGGAUCUGGAUCAUCUUCAGAGUACAAGCAGCAACUGCAGAAUCUGUCGUCAUUACUUUAGCUUUGAUGGCUCUCAAUACUUGCCUUGCAGUUUGCUGGCCUUUGAGAUACUUGGCAUUUGUGCACUCAGUGAAAAAUAAAGUGACAGCUUCUAUUUGGAUUGGGACUAUAUUCAAAUCUAUAUUAUUGAUCAUUAUUGAAGGUACAGAGCAAAACCCAGAGGAAAUUUUUGAAGAGGAACCCUCUUGUCCUACCAUGCUUGGUGGCAAUUUUGCAAAAAUAUCUGGUCUUCUUCUCAUAUCACUUCUUGCAGCUGCCAUAAUGACUGGUUACAUCUUAUUGUGCAGAGAAGGAAAACUUUCUGGUCAUUUUAACUCUUCAAAUAAGAAAGCCAGAAAAACCAUUAUUAUUCAUGGCUUGCAAAUGAGUUUUCAUAUUCUUCCACCCUUGAUUAUUGGAGCCAUUGGAAAAGGAACAGAACACACAGAAAUAAAAUUUGGAGCUUUUGUGAUUUUCUCCUUUGCACAAAGCUUUAGUCCCGUGGUUUAUGGACUUCGUAAUAAGGAAAUGCUGGAGAAACUAUGCAUCAGAAAAAAAGGAACUCAAGACAAUAACUACUUGGUAAAUAAUAAUAGCAACCCACUGCAGCUUCAAAUGACUGAAAAUCCAGUAAAUGGAAAAACAAUUUCUCUAUGUAAUGUAUAA